UAUGUGCCGCCGUGCUGACAUGGGUUAUGGGCCAGCGCUAUUUGCAGACUUCUAAGAUCAUGCCAGCUGGAGUUGUGGCCGGAAUCAGUUCUCUAAUGACUGUAUUUUACCUGUACAAGCUGGCAUCUGGUGGCAACCAUAUUUCUCCCAAGGCCGAGUAAUGAUUCCACCGAUUACUUCUUUCGAUAUUUGAUAUAGGAAAUGUAUCGGAUCACACGAAAAACUUGAACGAUGUUUUAUAUGCUGAUGAUUGCUGUUAUUGCUAACCUUGCAAACUUGGACAUGUAAACCAAAUGGCCAUUAUUGAAUAUAAACAGUUGGGGUUAAAGUUUUUCAGAGUUCUUAUUACAAAUA